GGUCCGCCAGGUCCUCCAGGAGACAAGGGAGCUGUGACCUACGCCACGGGCUAUGCCAUCCCAUCGGAGGAGCGAGGACCUAUGGGCCCAUCGGGUCCCCCAGGAACUCAAGGAUCCCGCGGAAUGCCCGGAGAGAGAGGCCCAUCCGGCAAGCCUGGCAUCCAAGGGCCGCAGGGGGUGCCGGGAGUCCCCGGUCUGCCAGGUCCACCUGGACCUGUCGGCCAAAGAGGUCUGAGAGGCCAACCUGGCAUGCCGGGAAUGCCUGGACAGCCAAGGAGCUGGAGGAGCUAACGUCCGGUCUCAUAGGACCCCCCGGCCCGCCAGGGAGGGGUCGACCAGGAAAGAACGGCCGGCCCGGACCGCCCGGAACCCCAGGAGACAGAGGUCCCCCCGGGCCGCCUGGUGACCGCGGCUACAUAGGCCUGCACGGCAUACCAGGCCCUCAAGGACCGCCAGGGCCCGCAGGGUCACGUGGACCUCCAGGGGAGAAAGGAGACACCGGAGACAGCGUGACCGGACCCCCGGGCCCCAGAGGCCAGCCUGGUCCCAUAGGUCCCAACGGAGAGGGCUCACCGGGUCGGGCUGGAGAGAGGGGUCUGCCAGGUUUGCCAGGCCGCCACGGACAGCGGGGAGCCCCGGGGGCACAAGGACCUCCUGGCUACUGCGAGUACUGCAACAACUUCAUGCAGGCGCAGUACCAGAUGGCGCAGACCAGGAACAUCGUCAAGGGGCCGUAAACUAAGAUCCACCGGAAGCGGAAUAGUGCUGGGGGAGUGGAGGAACCGGAACUAUGGUGUGGGUGGGGAUGGGGGUGGGGCGAGGUGAGGCGAUGGGUAGUUUUAACGAAUGACGGUUGAAUGAAAAGGUGCUUAUGGUUUCGGGGGAGGGGAUGGGGUUGGUGUGAGCGGACGUUUAUAAGUUUUGUUGUUGCUGAGGAGUUGUUGUUUUUUCUGUUGUUGUUUUAUAGAGGCCCACAGCUUUUUAAAAUUUGCAUCUAACAUCGCAAGUAUGUAUGGUUAAGGGUGCGAAUUUGGGAAAGAAAAGAAAAGUCCUCGAAAGAUGGAGGAACGUGUAAAACAUUGACGUUCUCAGUAUCGACCACAUAACUCAAGUCAAGACAAUGGCCGACCACAACGCCUUCAGAAACUUACUUUACCCUUUAGCUCUUUCCCUAAGUUCAUCAGGUCGCAGGCCUUUAGCAGGAGAUGUUAACUUUCGAAAUUAGUGGGAAGAGAAUAUCUAUUACUACAUUGCCUUUGUGCCAUGACUAGGUGUUGUUGCUUCUUUUUCUUCUGAGAUCCAAAGAAACGUUUAUAUUUUCACAAUUUCGGUUUUUCCCUCUCUGAA